AUGUCCGCCCUCACUGAAGUCCUCACCGAGGAAGACUUCGCCGCACACUUGAGCUCUCUCUCUCCGUCUGCGCUGGUCGUUCUGUACUUCCACACCCCAUGGGCCGCACCCUGCACCCAGAUGCGCACCGUCCUUUCCGCCCUCGCAUCGCAGUACCCCGCUACAGCCCCGCCCACAAUUUCAUUUAUCAGCAUCAAUGCUGAAGAGUUGCCUGACAUCUCAGAGGAGUAUGAUGUCUCUGCUGUUCCAUUCGUCGUCUGCCUGCGCAGUGGUCAGAUUCUGGAAUCCAUUAGUGGUAGUGACGCCAUCAAGGUCCGCGACGCCAUCGAGAAACACGCCGGUCGCGGAAACGGCGCUGCCCCCAUCGAUGGUGGCCACAGAGCUCACAUUCCCCCUCCUCUCUCUGCUGUUCCUCGUGAAGAUGGUCCGUUGAUGGCCACCCAGUCCCCUGUCUAUUCGACGGAUGCCGUUGGCCCCGCGGCGAACGCGACCCCCGUUGCUGCCGAGUCCACCCUCACUCCCGAGCAGUCCCAGGAAGCGCUUUUCGCUCGUCUUGCCGAGUUGGUUAAGGCUGCACCCGUUAUGCUGUUUAUGAAGGGAACACCCAGUUCGCCGCAAUGCGGUUUCAGCCGACAGUUGGUAGGUAUUCUCCGAGAGCGGAGUGUCAAGUACGGAUUCUUCAACAUUCUGGCCGAUGAGGACGUGCGACAGGGUUUGAAGGAGUUUGCCGAAUGGCCCACUUUCCCCCAACUUUGGGUCGAUGGAGAACUGGUCGGUGGUCUGGAUAUUGUUCGCGAGGAGAUUAACAGUGACCCUAACUACCUGGUGGCCUACUCGGUCAGCAAAUAG